AUGGCUGAUAACGGCUCUGCGUCAACCACCGGGGCGAGCUUGGCCUCCGAUGUGCGACGUAGAAACGUUCCGCACACGGAAAGACAGAGCACGACUUCCAGCUUGGUCGAACUUGACGACAAAAAGGGAAAACAGCGGCCAAAAUCUCAUCUUUCCGCUCUACUUGAUUGGGAGCCUAUGAUUGCACCGAUUCUUCUGACAGUCCUGUCAAUGUUCACGCGUAUGUACCGGAUCGGCCGCUCAAAUAUCGUGACUUGGGAUGAGGCGCAUUUCGGAAAAUUUGGGUCACAUUACCUGAAACGCGAGUUCUACUUUGAUGUUCACCCUCCGUUGGGAAAAAUGCUUGUGGGCUUGUCGGGCCUUCUUGCCGGCUAUAAUGGAUCGUUCGAGUUCAAAUCCGGUGAAACGUACCCCGAGGACUUGAACUACACUUUCAUGCGUUUAUUUAAUGCUGCCUUUGGUGUGGUGUGUGUUCCACUCGCCUAUCUAACGGCAAGAGAGCUUGGCUUUCGGAGAGGUACAGUUUGGCUUGUGAGCCUAAUGGUGCUUUUCGAAAACUCAUAUGCAACCAUAUCAAGAUUCAUACUGCUUGACUCUAUGCUUCUUUGCUUCACGUUCACUACCACGUUCUGCUGGGCAAAAUUCCAUCGUUUGCAGCGCUCGAGUUUCUCCGUUGAGUGGUUUACCUGGCUUUUCCUGACCGGUAUCAGUAUCGGCUGUGUUUGUAGCGUCAAAUGGGUUGGCCUUUUUUGUACUGCGCUUGUUGGUCUUUACACCAUCGAAGAUCUCUGGAAUAAGUUUGGUGAUCUAAAGAUGUCGGAGGUCACGCUAGCUAAACAUUUUGCGGCACGCGUGGUGGGCUUGAUUCUUAUUCCAGCCCUGGUAUAUGUCUUCUCGUUCUAUAUUCACUUCUUGAUUCUAGAGAACAGCGGCCCAGGCGAUGCGCAGAUGAGCUCGUUGUUCCAAGCGAAUCUUAAAGGUACCCAGGUGGGCAAAGACAGCCCUCUCGAGGUUGCCUUCGGCUCAAGAGUCACCCUCAAAAAUAUGGGAUACGGCGGUGGACUUCUCCACUCUCAUGUCCAGACCUAUCCCGAAGGAUCCUCGCAGCAACAAGUUACAUGCUAUCAUCACAAGGACGCGAACAACGACUGGUUCAUCUAUCCGAACCGCAAAGAGCCGCAGUAUGAUGCGGAUGCACCUCUCAAGUUUGUCGGUGAUGGCGAUGUUAUCCGUCUGAUUCACGGUCAGACAGGUCGAAACCUCCAUUCGCAUAACAUUCCGGCUCCAAUAACCAAGAGCCACCACGAGGUUUCUUGCUAUGGUAACUUGACUAUAGGAGACGAUAAGGACCACUGGAAGGUUGAGGUCGUCGACGAUGUGGCAUCCAGAGACAGAAGUCGAAUCAGGACUUUGACUACAGCCUUCCGAUUACGACACCCUGUCCUAGGUUGUUAUCUACGCGCCGGCAAUACAAAUCUUCCCCAAUGGGGUUUCAAGCAGAUUGAAACAACUUGCGUGAAGGAAAACAACCACCGCGACGUUUAUACGCACUGGAAUAUUGAGACUCAUACCAACGACCGUCGUAUGUCAUUCCACGCCUAUUCUUGUUGCGGCCAACGCUAA